GUUAAUUCAUAUUCUCUCUAGCCUUUCAUAGAGUUUAAUAUAGAAGUUAUAGUCUAUAUAUCUACAGAUAUUUGAUGGCUGGAUGAUAAAAUUAUAAGAAGAAUAAAACUAAAUAGGCUAUAUAGUAACGUUCCUGGAUCAUGGAUGAUAAAGGUUCCAAAGAAGACGAUAACGUUAAAGAUGACAAAAUCAUUGAUGAUCAUGAGAAGUUUGAUCAUGUAAUCGAAGAUCUCUAUCAAGAACCUAUAAAAUUGAGAAGACCAAGUAAAACUGGAGAUAAAGUUGAUGCUAAAAAUGAAGCUGCUCCAUCUUUACCUCCAAAAAUAAGAAAUGUUGAUGUGGUUCCAGCAUUCAGAGAAGCUUCCUCAUCUGCCUUUGACAAUAGUGAAACUAUGAAUGCUGGCAAUAUUCUUACAAUGGACAAUCAGAAAAAACAAAAAGAAGUUAGAGAAGAUAAGGAUGUUUCUGUCCAUGAUCUGUUGGGCAAAAAUGAAGUCGAAGUCCACCAAAGUGCAACAUCUGAAAGCAUUAAAGCUUUUUUCGGAAGUGAUAAAGACACAGUGGAUGCAGGACGCGAAGCAGGACCAAGUUAUGAAUACAAUAUGAAACAUAAAGCUCGCGGUUGUUUCCUCAUAUUCAAUCAUAUGUAUUUUCUUCCACACUUGGGAGUCAAUUCACGGAAAGGAACUCAUGAAGAUGCCAAAAAUCUUGAAAAAACUGCAAAAAAACUUGGAUUUGAGUAUGUUCGUAUCUUUGAUGACUUGAACGUCAAGGACAUCAGGAGUUGGGUUGCAAGAGUGUCCAAAGCAGAUCAUAGCAAUUAUGAUUGCUUUGCAAUGGCAAUAUUGACACAUGGUGAUGAAGGUGAUAUUUUAUAUGCUCAUGAUGAAAAAUAUCAUUUGGAUGACAUUACUGAACCAUUCAUGGCUUCUAAUUGUCCGACACUUGCCAGAAAACCAAAGAUGUUUUUCAUCCAGAAUGAGUUUUCCUGUGAUUAUUCCUAUAAAAUGCCAUGUAAGAAAUUUACUCAACAAAUACAACUUAGUAAUGCAGAUUUUCUUCUUUUUAAUUCGGCUCUACUUGCUGAGGCUUGUAGAGGAGUGAUGUUAGAUGAUGGUGCACAUACUACGGGAGACACUGUUGAUGCUGUAAUCAAUAAAGUAUCAAACCAAGCCCAACAAGAAGCAAUGAUUAUUCCAAAUGCUGCCGAUUUUCUUUUAGCAUUUUCAACUGUUCCAGGAUAUUACGCAUGGAGAAAUCAAGCAUGUGGCUCUUGGUUUAUCCAAGCAUUGUGCAAAUGUCUUUUAGAAUUUGGAGAUAGACUUGAAUUAAUGCAGAUUAUGACCAGAGUCAACAGGAUGGUUGCCUAUGAUUUCACAUCUUAUUCAAAAGGAAAUCCAGAUUUUCAUGGAAAGAAACAAAUCCCUUCAAUUGUAACAAGGUUGACACAUGAAGUAUUUUUCAGGAAAAAGGGGAAGCGGUCUCCAUCACCUUUACGUCAGAAACAUAAGGAGCCUGCGAUUGAAGCUAAGCAAUUAACUUUGGAUGGUAAAAUGUUGUCAUCUGAAGACAAACAAAAUAAAGUUCCACAUUUAAAAGGACUCAAAGAAACUGAUUUAUAAGUUUUCCAUUCCUUCCAUUCCUGUAAAAUAUACAAUCAACUGAACAAUGUUAUUGUUAUCAUUUUCUGGAAUGUCAAUUAUGGAUUCAAUUUUUGUGUUGAAAAGCUGAACAAAAGAGGUGAAUGAUUAUUGUCAAUGGUUUCUAUAUCUCUAUAAAUCAUAAUAAUAUUGCAUUGGAUAGUCAGGGAUUUUGUUUAAUAUUUUUUCAUACUUUUUAUUAAUCUCUGUUUUAAAAUAUAUGAUUUGAUAACCUGAUAUGAUAAUACAAGUUAUAGAUAGGAAAGCCACAUUCAAAUCCAACCUGCUCUGGUUAUAAGCUGUCUGUUUAUAUCGCAUCAGCCAUGGUGCGCGAUGUUCACUUUUUCAUACAUUCUAUCAAAUUCUUUUCACUUCAGUCAGGUUGAUUAUUCGAUUAUGCAAUAUUUAUUUGAUAAAUAUUCAAUGGUUCAAUAAUUUGUUUUCGUUUAUUCCUAAGUUUAGGUGUGAAACAGCAUGCAAUUACAAAAGGUUUGGUUAGGAAAUAUCUAUAUUUCUCUGUUUUAAUCAGCAUCUUGUAAAGUGACCAUAUUUACCACUGUAUAGAUUUAUUAACAUUACUCAACUUAGCCAUUAUUUCUACAUCAUCUCGUUUAUAUUGAUUGUAUAAAUUUGUUUAUUCUUACAUCAUUAUAUGUUUUUUUAUUUCCAUAUUCACCCCAUCACUAAUUUGAUAUUAAAUGACUCAUAAAUAAUUCUCACUCUUACUUAAAUCACUCAUUAUGAAAAUUGAGUCUGCCUUCAUUCAAAUUACUUCUAUUAUGUGGUUACGAAAAUCAAUUAGACUGCAUAAGGACUAUUCUAAUCGCACCCGAUUGUCUAUGACUAUUUACUCAUUUUACUGUAAUGUUAUUCCAAUCUGGUUGAACAUCGAUAGAAAAUAUUUCACCAUAAGUUGAUUUUAAGAUAUGUAAUGUUAUUGUUCAUUUCUGUGUUUAUACUUUGAGUUAUGCAUUGUGUAACUGACUCAUGAAUAGGGAUGUAAGUUUCAAAUAUUUUAUGUUUGAAUCGAAUUUUGAAUCAGAAUGUUUUUAUUCGACUAUUACCGAAUCUGAUUCUAUUUAGCAUAACAUCGUGUUAUCGUUAACUUUUUUUUAAAUUUGGAAGAAUUAUAAAUGCUUCAACUACCUGAUAUAGCCUGUCAGCGCCGAGAUUUUUUUAAAGAGGUAACACUCUGUUACAUAUUUACUUAUUACAUAAAUUUACGUUUGCAAACAAUACGGGAUGUGCUAAAAUUGCCCUGUGGAAUUCAGCCAAAUGAAAAACGCCAGUGAAAUGUACGUUAGUACCAUUUGCGCCAUGAUGUAAUAGAAAGCAAAUGAUAACGAGGGAAGCAUCGCAGAACUAUGUUUUUAAAAGCAAUUAUGUUGUUAUCAUUAUAAUGAUAUUAUAUAGGUAAUUUGGAAAAACGUUUAUAUAACGACAUGUUUAUUAAACUUAUUUACAUUUUUGAGUAAGGAAAGCCUUGUGAACGCAACGAAAAUAAACGCUUUUGGUCGAUGUCGAGACAUACAAUCGCCGAAUCGUGUUAUUUAAAUUUUUACUUUUUUUUUUUGAAUAGAAUCAAGCUGUUUCUUUUUCUGAAAUUGCUUCGAAACGAUUUAAAUUGAUGUUUAUUCGAAAUUCUGAAACUUACAUCCCUACAGUCAUGAAUCAAAAUAUGGGAAGAAUGUACAUCCAUUCAGAGGUGACAUAAUAUUACCGGAAGUUCAUAGUUUUGUUUUCCAAUUUUUCUCUCGCAUAGUUAGUUUGAAUCUCAUUCUAGGAUCAUUAACCAAAGCUUGUAGUAUCCUAUGCAGUUAUGGUACUGUUAUUUUUGACUUUUAGUACUGUAUACGAUACCUGCUGUAUUAAAGAGAACUUUUUUGUCAUUUGUACAUUGUUUAUAACGCCGAAGAGGCUUCUAUUUGAAGCGGACAUGCCUCUUCUGCGUAGCGUUCUUUUUCGUGAGAUCCUUAUCGAAAACUCCCUGACCGCAUAUUAGGUUCUUUUGCAGUGAAUGCGCACCUUUUAUUCAAUGGAUCAAAAAAUAUACAUUUUGAUUGUGGAAAAUAAGAAGAAUAUAACAGACAAACAACCUUUUCACAACUUUAAAGAUUUUAUUGCUCCGUUUAAAUAUAAAAGACGGCUGAUUCAGCAACGUUAAAAUAGAAAGCACGAAAUAAAUCAUAAAGUGUAGAAUUUUACCUUGGAUAGAAUUUUAGGUCAUUCUAUUGAAAAGGGGUUUGGGAUUUUUCCGUUUAAUACAUAAAUCUCUAUCUUUAUUUCUUGAGUUUUCGUAAAAAAGGUCUUUCUUUGACCAAUCGGA